AUGCUGUGGACCCUCUGCACUCUCAUCACUGCUCUAACAUAUGUUGAUGCAGUGAUCGUGUUGACCCAGACACCUUCUGUUCACACAGUUUCUCCAGGUCAAGAAGUUGUUCUCAACUGCAACAUAGAGAGAUAUGAUGCAAAUUAUGUUAGCUGGUAUAAACAAGUUCCUGGAACGGUUCCUCAGUCCAAGGGAAACAAGCAAGGAUCCAGGAAGAUCUAUACAGGGAGACGAAGACAGAUGUUAGAAGAAAUACCAGGGAACACAGGGAAGUACACUAGAGAGAGCCGGGCCUACACUAAAGGAGGCUCCAGCCUCUCUCUUCCUGUCCUGACAGUCUUCCCUCCGUCCAGUGCUGAGCUCCAGUCCGACACAGCUUCUCUGGUCUGUCUGUCCAGUCAGUCUGUGCCUUUUGCAGAUGUGAGCUGGUUGGCUGGUGGGAGUCCAGUGAGCAGUGAGAUCUCUACCAGCACUGCUGUUCAGAGACCAGACCAGACUUACCAAAUCAGCAGCUCUCUGACCAUCCAGACAUCAGAAUGGAACAUGGAUAAGGUUUAUACAUGUAAAGUGUCUUUGGGCUCAGAGACUUCAGAGAAAACCAUCAAGAUGUCAGAAUGUCCCAGUGAAUAG